GGCCUACAACAAUCCCGACAAAGCGUACUCCACAAAUAAUGAGUGGGAUGCUCUUCAAAAGACAAUCUAUCAGAGCCGUCAUUCCUGUCUUGUUUCGACAGAGUUACUCCCUUCAAGCUGACAACAAAAUUUCCAUUCUUGCACGAAAAAAAGAUAAUCCGAAUAACAUAAUGUCAAAAUACUCAGGGGGUCUCAUCCCCUCCGGAAACGACAUAAACCUCCAACUCGGCUGGCCCUCACCAUCCCUCUUCCCAUCAUCCCUCAUCAACACCUCCACCACCACCAUCCUCAGCGACUUCGCCACCGCCAGCUCCUCUCUCAUAUACGGACCCUCCCUCGGCGGAGCAGCAUUCAGAACCGCUUUAUCCUCAUGGCUCAGCAACCACUAUUAUCGAAAGCCCGACAUGAUUGCAUCCACGCGCGUCUGCGUCACGAGCGGCGGCUCAGCUGCACUCGGAGCUGUUCUGUCGCGCUUCACGGAUCCCGAUUUCACACAAUACAUCUGGAUGGUUGAGCCGACGUAUUUUCUCGCUUGCCCGAUCUUUCAGGAUGCCGGAUUCACGGGAAGAUUAAAAGGUGUGCCUGAAGAUGAGGAGGGGGUCGAUUUGGAGUUCUUGCGUGCUGGGUUAGAGAGAGCUAGAUCUGAGGAUACGAAGGCAAUUCCGAAGAAGUGUCCAGAGACCGGAUAUCCGAAGAUUUAUAAACACGUCAUCUAUUGCGUGCCGACGUUCUCGAAUCCAAGCGGCAAGACGAUGAGUCUCUCUCAUCGAGAGAAGCUCGUGCGACUGGCUCGUGAGUUUGAUGCUUUGGUAGUGUCAGAUGAUGUUUACGACUUUUUACGCUGGCCUGAAGAUCAAUCGAUUGAUCUAGCAACAGACCUUGGUCCACUGCCUCCUCGCUUGGUUGACAUCGACAGAGCGUUGGAAGGAACGAAUCUCUUUGGGAAUACCGUCAGCAACGGCUCAUUCUCCAAGAUCGUCGCUCCAGGCACGAGAGUAGGUUGGGCUGAAGGAACAGAGGACUUUGUCGCAGCAAUGGCUAAAGUAGGCGUCACGUCUUCGGGAGGUUGUCCAAGUCAUUUGAUGUCUUGCUUCAUGGGCGAUAUGAUAUCAACAGGAGCACUUGACAAACACAUCAACGAAACGCUCAUCCCAACAUAUUCAUCGCGAUACCACGCCAUGAUGUCAGCAAUCCAAACCUCGCUGAUCCCACUCGGGGUAAAAAUCACUGUUGGAAAGCCAUUCAGGAGUGGCGGUCCUGAGAUCCAGUUCGCGGGUGGAUUCUUCACUAGCUUAAGCAUUCCAGAACACCUUCCACCAACAUCCGUACUAGCGGCUUUAGCACUAGAAAAGAAAGGCUUGAGAUUCGCGUACGGGCAGAUGUUUGAAGUGGUGGGCGACAGUGGUAGUCACGAGCGUGCAAAUUCACAAGGUGGUUUUGGUCACAGCUUGAGAUUGUGCUGGGCGUGGCAUGAGGAGGAUAAUAUUCGGGAUGGAGUGGAGAGAUUGGCUGAGGCGUUGAAGGAGCUUAUGGAGACAUCGAACGGCGUCCAAGCCGAUUGAUUUCGAGUCAAGGUCACAUGCAACCCAGUGUUUUCGGACGAGCUAAAUCUGUCGAUUGUUAGCAUCGGACAAGAUGCCGAUAGUGCAUCACAUCGGCAUCUGGGCAUCUGCUAUGGGUACAGCCGCCGAAAGUGGGAACAUCGCAUAUAUUUCUUGGCAAAUAGCGGACUUUGUCUGUCAUGUCCGAUUUUUGCCCAUCUUUUUCGCUUAAUUAGGGGGCCUUUUAGCGAUAACCAUAUCAAAGACUUGACGGGCUUGAGGAAUAUUCAUUUCAGAUGUGUAUAUUAAAGAUGAACACAGGGAUGGUAAAUGGUAUAAUUAGUUUUUAGGUUGCAAGCCUUCUAAAGGGAGAAUAUUGUAC